AUGCGCUUCACCACCUCUUUUGCUGCAACGGCGUUCUUCGCCGCAGCCAUGGCUGCCAGCUCGACCGACGGUCUUCAGAGCACGCAGUGUGUGUCCAGCGAUGCCUCGGACGACCUGUACUCGCACAAGGUCGACGUCAAGUACGCGAAGCUGUUCUCGGUCGACUACCACAAGACCUACAAGAAGCCCUCGGAGAAGGCCGACGCGUACAUUGAGGUGCCGGUGCGCAGUGCUGCGGCGUGGGCGACCACGGCGGCCAUCUUCAUUGAGGCGCUGGGCGUGCAGAACAACAUCAAGAACCUGGGCACGGCGCCGAGCAUCGUGUCGCCGUGCCUGCAGAAGCUGCUGCAGGAACGACAUCCAGCCGUUCAACGAAGGGCAAUGCCACGGCGGCCGAGCUCCAGGAGCAGCAGAACAUGGACGCCAAGUCGAACCAACACCGUGUACUCGGUCGAGUACCUUGAGGGCAGCGCGCUGGGCCGCUCCGAGUGGGUCAAGUUCUUUGCGCCCUUCUUCAAUGCCGAGGAGCGCGCCAACAAGCUGUUUGAUUCGGUGGCCAGCAACUACGACUGCUUCAAGUCCAAGGCGAGCAAGGAGUACAACGACAUUCGCCCGGUGAUCGCCUGGACCUCGUACGCCGCCCCGUCCAAGUUUAACAACAACACUGCCUACUGGCAGGUGUCGUACGCCGACUACAAGUACAACCUGGUGCGCGAUGCCGGCGCCCGCAUGCUCAACACAACCGACCACCAGACGACCAAGUUCACCAAGUCCGAUGCGUUCCUACAUGCCCUGGAGGAGGCCGAUAUCCUGAUUGACGAGUCCGGCCUGAGCUACAACUACACUGAUCUGCUCAAGAACUACGGCAUCGAUGACCCCUCCAAGGUCAACUACACGUGGGUCAAGAACAGCCGCAUCUACCGUCCCGACCUGAUCCAGAGCGCCGAGGGCGGCCUGGGCUGGUUCGAGGCGCCGUUUGCCUUCGCCGAUCGCCCUGCUGCAGGACAUUGUCGGCGUCGCCCACCCCAAGUUCAUCAAGGACGGCUACAAGUCGAACUGGUUCCGCAAUCUAGGCCAAGGACCAGAAGGUCACUGUGGUCACUGCCUGAUUCAUGCAAGGACGAGCUCGCCCAGCGUCCCGACCCCUGCCAGCCAGUGCUCGACGGUUGA